CUGUCAACAUGUUCAGAAUUAUCUGUUAUAAUAGUUAUUUCAACGCAAUUUGCAGUUUUCCCCUAGGAUGGAAAAUGAAAAAUGAAAAUUUCUUCAUCUCAGCAGCAAAUCAUAACGUAAAAGUUCACGUGAAAUUUUCAUUUUCCAUCCUAGGGAAAAAGUUACGUGAUAGAUGCCCUGGUCUGAAAGACCCUAGGAUUAACAGGAGUGACAGCAGAGCCCCUGGUGGAAUAAGAAUAAACUACAGAUACUGUCUGUCUAAUCUGAAAGAAGAACUAGUGGUACAACUUGACACUUGAUCAGUUGAAACUGUAUUUUCCAGCAACGAUUCAAGAGCGAGUUUUAAUUACUAAACAAGAAGUUGCAUUAUUAUACAUCUGCGUGAAUACUGAACUUUUGCUUAAAAGCGAGAGUUGAUCAUGUCGCAAAACGUCUAAUUCCAGAAAAUGGAAAAGGAUAUCAGUAAGAUACUUGAUGUGUCAUGGAGAUUUGGAGUGACUGCAGCAAGCAAUGACUCUGACAAUGUAGCAAAGUCAUUUCUGCAACUUAAAUUAAGUCUCGAUAAUGAUGGUAAAAUCAAGAAUGUAUUCACCGAAAUGACAAUAGCACAAUUUUAUAAAUUCUUGCACGACUUGGAAAAAGCAAAAUGUAAUCUUGAUCUGUUAUUGUAAAUAUAUAUAUAUAUAUAUAUAUAUAUAUAUAUACGUGCAUUAAAAUAUUAUAUUUAAUUAUCAUUCAGGUAUACUACACUGACAAAUCAUACAAUUAUCCUUGAAAACUUUUUUAAUUCUAUAGUCUUACAUUACUUGAAAUAAAAACAAUUCUUCAUCUUA